GCAGGUUAUUGGUGACUGUGACGUCUAUGGAAUGACCCCACUUGUGCUUGCAUCUCUGAGAAAUCGAGUGGAAUGUGUGGUUUGGAUGCUGACGACGUUUGGAUUAGUUGGGUUGUUUGUUGGAAAUCCCAGUCAUUGUUCUGCUGUUCACAUGGCAGCAGCUGCAGGUAGCUUAGAGGUAUUGAAACUGUUGAUAUCACACCGAAAACUGACAGCGAAUUACCAAGAUAGUAAAGGCUGCACACCAGUCUACUUUGCUGCUCAGGAGGGAAACCUCGAGUGUUUAAAGUAUUUGGUGAAAGAAGGGUCGGCUAAUUCUCUAGCUAAAGCAAAAGAUGGAAUGACAUUGCUUCGUGCAUCAGCUCAGGGAGGACAUACCGAUGUGCUGCAGUGUUUAGUUGAUAUCGUGGGACAAGACGAGCUGCUGUGUCAGACUUGAGAUGGUGCAACUCCUGUACAUUAUUGUGCUGCGAAGGGUCAUGCUCUCACUCUGUCAUACAUCGUGGAGACGGUGGGUCAGGCAAGAGCGAUGAAAGCAGACUUUCAUGGUUGCACUCCAGCACACAAUGCCGCAGGUGCAGGCCUUCAGAUAGAGAAAGUCAAGUUUUUCAAAAGUGCAACCAACAACAUUGGUUACUAAAAACUUGUGCAGAGAGUGGUACAAUGUACAGUGUUUGUAGAAAUUUGUACGGAAUGUAACACUUACAAGUGCCUUGUGGUACUGCAGUCACAUUUUUAUUUUGUAGCCAUUAGCUAAGUAGACGCAUGUUUUGAGUAAUUCUAUAAAGUGUUUGUACUUUUAGUGUUAUCUGAGUUAAUUAAUAUAGAAAUUUAU